AUGUCGGGGAAACGGAUUGCGUUUUCAGUACUAAUGUACUGUGCUUGGUUAGUUAUUGGAGUGAGCGGUGCGUUCGGGAAAGGCAUGGAUGAUUCGAUCAUGUUCAGAAUAGACUGGAGGUUAUAUUCCUCUAUGCCAGAUAAUCUGAAUUCCCUCGAGGCAGGCGCACUUCGAAGCAAUCAACCAUUUGUGUUCAUAUCGAGCGGUAACGACGAAAAAUAUCUAUGCGAAAUACCUGACGUUUCUGCAGAGCCAAAACGAAAGAUCGACUCAUAUUCUGGUCCAACACCAGGUGAGUUGAUUCGAGUAUUGUAUGAUGAACGAAUAUGCUCUUAUUGGCUAGAUCUAUAUUGGACGUAUGAGUUGUGUCAUGGAAGAUAUGUGCUGCAAUAUCACGAUGAUAAAGAAACAAUUGGGAAUCCAAGAACUGAAUAUUACUUGGGUAAUUUCCGAAGUGAACACACCAAAAUGGAUGAUAAAGGCUUCGAUCAGCUGAAUCCUCCCACAAAGAAAGUGGAUGAUGUCGACUUGCCGUACUAUCCCGUCAGUUACCGUCAAGGAACAGUCUGUGAUCUGACUGGUAAACCACGAACGACUACCGUUCUGUAUGUAUGUCGUUUGGAUGCGAAAGACCAGAUCUAUUCAUUUGCUGAAAUCUCAUCGUGUACAUAUGAAGUGGUUGUCUUAACACGUCGUCUUUGCUCACAUCCGUCGUUCCAACCGAUUAUCGUACCACAACACGAGAUUAUUUGUUAUUCAAGAGACGCGAAUAAAAAACUCUCGAAACCGAUCGCAUUGAUCGCGCACGAAAAUGAGCGAGCUAAAUCGUUUGAAAAGGAGUACGGUUUGAUACCACCACAAAGUUUGCAGUCAGAUAUGGUGAUGCCGUCGAGAAGGAACGAGGAUGAAGAAGAGGACGAAGACGAUUCUGACGGUACAACAAUUAUUCUACCGAAGCAGACUGCUGGUUUGUUACGCCUAUUAACCGUUGUCGAAUCUUAUUGUUCAUUAGUUUGGCAGAUAGCUGUCAAAACGUUAAUCACAUCGGUAUUGCGGAUAGGUGUAAGAUGUUGUGGAAUGAGGCAAUUUGAGCCAAGCGAUAGUUUUUUAUGGUUUCAACCCUUGAGUGAGUUGAUUUUUGAAGAUCACGGCCGUUCGAGCAAACCAACAAAGAGCAGUGAAAAGGAGGGGUCCUCUACAAUCGAUCAUCGCGUAGUAGUGCCGGAUGACAAUGAAUUUCUGAACGGGAAGCAGUGCUUAUAUGGUGGUGGAUCGGGCUGGUGGAAAUAUGAGUUUUGUUAUGGCAAGAAAGUGAUACAGUAUCAUGAUGACGCAAAGGGAGGACGAGACGAGGUCGUGCUUGGAAUCUUCAACGAAGAGAUUCAUAAGCAAUGGAUACGAGAAAAUCCACAGAAACAGCCGUUAAAAAUCGAUGGCUAUGUGAUAUUAACAUCACAUAUUUAUACUGGUGGUGAUGUGUGUGAAGAGGAGAAUAUUCACAGAAGUGUUGAAGUACGAAUUCGAUGUCGUCCAUCAGAAGGCAGUCAGAGUGCUGUUACAUUGUUCCUUCUGGAACCGCAUACAUGCCAAUAUGUCUUGGGUGUCGAGUCUCCACGUUUUUGUGAUUUACUUCAGGAGGUGGAUGAAUUCGGUCUCUUACCUAAACCCGAACACAGUCAUUUUGGAGAACUGUAA